AUGUGGUUCUUCGCCCGGGACCCGGUCCGGGACUUCCCGUUCGAGCUCAUACCGGAGCCUCCGGAAGACAGCCCGCCCGGGCCCUGGGCCCUGCACCGCGGCCGUAAGAAGGCCACGGGCAGCCCGGUGUCCAUCUUCGUGUACGACGUCAAGGCAGGUGCCGAGGAGCAGACCCAGGUGGCCAAAGCUGCCUUCAAGCGCCUCAAAACCCUCCGACACCCUAACAUCCUGGCCUACAUCGAUGGGCUGGAGACAGACAAGUGCAUCCAUGUGGUGACAGAAGCCGUGACCCCGCUGGGAACGUACCUGAAGACGGGGUUGGAGGCUGGAGGCCUGAAGGAGCUGGAGCUCUCCUGGGGGCUACACCAGAUCGUGAAAGCACUGAGCUUCCUGGUCAACGACUGCAGCCUUAUCCACAACAAUGUCUGCAUGGCGGCUGUGUUCGUGGAUCGCGCCGGGGAGUGGAAGCUGGGGGGCCUGGACUACAUGUACUCCGCCCAGGGUGAUGGUGGAGGACCACCCCGCAAGGGAUUCCCUGAGCUUGAGCAGUAUGACCCCCCAGAGCUGGUUGAUGGCAGCAGCAGAACGGUUGGGGAGAAGUGGUCAGCUGAUAUGUGGCGCCUGGGCUGCCUCAUCUGGGAGGUCUUCAAUGGACCCCUGCCGCGGGCAGCUGCCCUGCGCAACCCUGGGAAGAUUCCAAAAUCGUUGGUGCCCCAUUACUGCGAACUGGUUGGAGCCAACCCCAAAAUGCGGCCCAACCCAGCCCGCUUCCUGCUGAACUGCCGGGCGCCUGGUGGCUUCAUGAACAACCGCUUUGUGGAGACCAACCUGUUCUUAGAAGAGAUUCAGAUCAAAGAACCAGCCGAGAAGCAGAAGUUCUUCCAAGAGCUGAGCAAAAGCCUGGACUCAUUUCCAGAGGGGUUCUGUCGGCACAAGGUGCUGCCCCAGCUGCUGACCGCCUUUGAGUUUGGAAGUGCUGGAGCUGUGGUCCUCACACCCCUCUUCAAGGUGGGCAAGCUCCUCAGCGCCGAGGAAUACCAGCAGAAGAUUAUCCCCGUGGUGGUGAAGAUGUUUUCCUCCACCGACCGCGCCAUGCGCAUCCGCCUCCUGCAGCAGAUGGAGCAGUUCAUCCAGUACCUCGACGAGCCAACAGUUAACACCCAGAUCUUCCCGCACGUGGUGAACGGCUUCCUGGAUACCAACCCCGCCAUCCGGGAGCAGACAGUCAAGUCCAUGCUGCUCCUGGCCCCAAAGUUGAACGAGACCAACCUCAAUGUGGAGCUGAUGAAGCACUUUGCACGACUGCAGGCCAAGGAUGAGCAGGGCCCCAUCCGCUGCAACACCACAGUCUGCCUGGGCAAGAUUGGCUCCUACCUCAGUGCCAGCACCAGACACAGGGUCCUCACCUCUGCCUUCAGUCGGGCCACCAAGGACCCAUUUGCUCCGUCGCGGGUUGCGGGUGUCCUGGGCUUCGCUGCCACCCACAACCUCUACUCGAUGAAUGACUGUGCCCACAAGAUCCUACCUGUGCUCUGUGGCCUCACUGUGGACCCAGAGAAGUCUGUGCGGGACCAGGCCUUCAAGGCCAUCCGUAGCUUCCUGUCCAAACUGGAGUCGGUGUCGGAGGAUCCCACUCAGCUGGCGGAAGUGGAGAAGGACGUCCAUGCAGCCUCCAGCCCCGGCGUGGGAGGAGCUGCAGCCAGCUGGGCAGGCUGGGCUGUGACUGGGGUCUCCUCACUCACCUCCAAGCUGAUCCGUGCCCACCCCACGGCCACCCCCACUGAGACCAGUGCCCCCCAGCGGCCCGUACCUGAGGGACUCCCUGCCCCUGCCCCCACCCCUGUCCCCGCUGCUCCUGCUACCUCAGGCCACUGGGAGACCCAGGAGGAGGGCAGGGACGCAGCAGAGGACAGCAGCUCUGCCGACAGAUGGGAUGACGAAGACUGGGGCAGCUUGGAGCAGGAGGCAGAGUCUGUAUUGACCCAGCAAGAGGAAUGGAGCACCCAGUCUGGCCAGGCAGGGCAGGCCAGCAACUCGGACCAUAAAUCCCCAGAUUCAGACUGGAGUAACUGGGAAGCUGAGGGCUCGUGGGACCAGGGCUGGCAGGAGCCAAGUCCCCCAGAACCACCCCCAGAGGACACUCGGCUGGCCAGCGAGUAUAACUGGGGCAGCUCAGAGCCCAGUGACAAGGGUGAUCCAUUUGCUGCCCUGACUGCACGUCGGGAGACAGGUGCUCAGCCCCGGCGGGACUCCUGGGGUGACGACAACUGGGAGGGCGUGGACACGGACAGACAGGCCAAGGCAGAACUGGCCCGGAAGAAGCGUGAGGAGAGGCGGCGGGAAAUGGAAGCUAAACGCGCGGAAAGGAAGGCGGCCAAGGGCCCCAUGAAGCUGGGCGCCCGGAAGCUGGACUGA